AUGCUGCGUUCUCUAACCUCUUAUUUGACUCCUGUUUGCGGUUCCAGUCUUCCUCAGCUCAACCCUCCUCAGCUCGACCCUCCUCAGCUCGACCCUCCUCAGCUCAACCCUCCUCAGCUCGACCCUCCUCAGCUCAACCCUCUUCAGCUCAACCCUUCUCGCCUCGCCAUGGCUCCUCUCAUCUCUUCCUUCAACGAGAAUGUCCGUCCGAUGCUGGAUGCGAUCGACAGGCUCCGGCUUCUAGGUCUCAAGGAUGAAGGGAUCGAGCUCCCGACGAUCGUUGUGGUCGGUGACCAGUCCAGCGGCAAGUCCUCCGUCCUGGAAAACCUGUCCGGAAUCAGCCUGCCCAGAGGCAAGGGAAUUGUUACCCGAGUACCACUGAUCCUGAGGCUCCAGUCAUGUGUGAAAGGACAGGAGAUGAUUACGAUUGAAUACACCCUCUCCCUUUCUGGUAAGGUGUCUAAAGUCUUGCCUGAUGAAGGAAAGAUUGAGCAGGAGAUUUCUGAGGCGACUGUGGCGUUAGCCGGGGAUCGGAAAGGCGUCUUAAAUUGUCCGAUUACUCUGGAAGUGCGGCGAUCCGACUUGCCUGACUUGACGCUCGUGGAUCUGCCUGGUAUUACUCGCGUUCCUGUUGAUGAUCAGCCAAAGGACAUUUACGAUCAGGUCAAGGCAAUGAUCAUGCACUACAUUACUCCAAAAGAGAGCGUCAUUCUCAACGUUCUUGCAGCUGAGGUGGAUUUCACUACAUGCGAAUCCAUUGUCAUGUCGCAAGAGGUUGACGAGGAUGGAGAUCGCACCCUGGCUGUCGUCACCAAGGUUGACCGGGCUCCUGAUGGCCUCUACGAGAAGAUUCAAGGAAAUCCGGUGCGGAUUGGACUUGGCUACGUGUGUGUCCGGAACAAGACUGAAGCUGAUGCAACUCAUGAUGAUGCAAGAAGGGCAGAAGCGGCUUUUUUCAACAAUCAUCCAGAGUUGUCCCAGAUCGAGCCCCAUUGCCUUGGGAUUCCAGCCCUGGCUCAACGCCUGACAGAACUUCAGGACAAGAGGGUGGCAGACAGCAUCCCACGGAUCAGGCAGGCUAUUCAGAAGGCUCUUGUUGGUAAGGAGUCUGAACUGGAAACCAUUCCAUUUUCCCCCACCACUAGCGCUGCAGCAAUGGGGCUUGUUUCUUCAACACUCCAGAAGAGACGUGACAUGAUGAGUGGUGUCAUGGGCGGCAAGUAUGGCUCAUUUCAGAGCGAUAAAGCAAUGCAUUAUACAGCCAGGCUGCACGAGAAGUUCAACGCGUUUGAGGUUGAGAUGAGGGGUGCUCUUCCAGACUUCCUUGGGACGGACUACUCGGAAAGGUGCAAGGAGGCUUUGAAAGAGGUGGCUGGAAUGUCUCUCCCGAACAUGUUUGACCUGGUUGUGGUGAAGCAGCUUGUUCAGGAGGUGGUGGAGAGCAUUGAAGGGCCGUGCCUGCAGCUGGUGAAUGACUGCUUCGCCUAUGCAACUCAAGUGCAGCAGGCUGUGGCAUCACAUGUCUGCGGGCUGUACCCUGGACUGAACAACGUGGCUCAUCUUCAAGGCUCUAGUGCCAUGAGGAAGGCCAAGGAGUCAGCAAACCGCUACAUUCAGGACUUGUUGGCAAAGGAGAAGGAGGUUAUCUUCGCACUCAACCAUUACUAUAUGGACGCAGUUUCCAAGAUCCAUGAGAAAAUGGCUGAACAUAAAAAGGCGCAGCCUGGUGGCUCGACUGAAGCUGCUCCGCCUGUUCCCACUAUUGAAGACUUCGCAUCCGGCACUGCUUCACUCGCCAACCUGAUCAUCAAUGAUGAUAAGGCCGCGAGGGACCUGCAGGUCAACAUGUUUUCGUAUGCCAAGGUGAUGCAUAAGCGGCUGUGUGAUGUGAUCCCCAUGGAGAUACGGAUGUGUCUUGAGAAUGCCCUUCUGGAUGGCACUGAUGGUGCUAUGUGGCGGGAGAUUCAUUGCGCUGACAUAACCAAGUUUGUGGCCUUGAAUGGUGCUGAUCAGCAACGCAGGGCUCGUUUGGAGGAGAGCAUCGAACGUCUGAAGGCAUCUGAAGCCACGCUGCUGUCGCUUGCAUUUGAUAGCGCCACUGCAUCGCACGGGCUGCCGUCGCCUGCUGUGGCUGUGCGCAACCUCGUGGAGCAGGCGCGCUUCGCCCAUCUGUGCAGCAUCAUGUCACGCAUGCACCACCGCCGCAAGGGCUACCCGUUUGGCUCGCUCGUUGACUUUGCCACCGACGACGAGGGCCAUCCCAUCUUCCUCCUAUCGCCUCUCUCCAUCCACACACGCAACAUGCUUGCAGACCCUCGCUGCACUCUUGUUGUUCAGAUCCCCGGGUGGAGUGGGCUUGCUAACGCACGGGCCACCAUAUUCGGCGACGUCUACCCAGUGCCGCCGUCCCAGCAGCAGUGGGCGCAGCGCUUCUUUGCCCGCCGCCACCACCACGGCGCCGCGCAGAUGUGGGGCAACUUCAGCUACUACCGCAUGCAGCAGAUCUGGUACUGUUUCGGGGCAUUUCAGAUCAGACCCGCUUCCUCUCUUGUCAAUCCGUUCAGCGACAUUGACUUUGUAGGCGGCGUUGCCACUGCUCAUACUCAUUACAGGUGGCAUGCGAGUUUUGAAAAUACUCAAAAGUCUCCUGCAACGACUAGGUGGCAUGGGGUGACUUUUGAGUCGUCGCGUAAGUCACCAUGGGUCAUUGCAGGUGAGCUUACUGUAUUGCCCUUCUCCUCUCAUCCCCUCUCUCCUCCUCUCCCAUUCAGCGACAUCUAUUUCGUGGGCGGCUUUGGCACGGUGGCGUGGAUCGAUGUGAAGGACUACCUUUCUGCGUGCGACAUCUAUUUCGUGGGCGGCUUUGGCACGGUGGCGUGGAUCGAUGUGAAGGACUACCUUGCCGCCACACCGGAUGCCAUCGUGCUGCAUGACUCAGAGGCCAUUUUGCACGAGCUGAACGUACGGCUGGGAUCGGAUCUGAAGCGCCAGCUGGCGUCGAUCCUGCCGCAGCCGGUGGACGAUGCACUGUUCAUCAGCAUCGACGGCAAGGGGGUUGACAUCCGCGUGCGGCAUGGAGCCAAGUUCAACGUGCAGCGGCUGUCAUUCAGUGCGACAACAGAGGUGCGGGACACAGAGGAAGCAAUUGCAGCGCUGCACCAGGUGCUGCGUCAAGGCGUCACACCGCUCUCCAAUGGCAUGCUGCAAUAA